UACAUUAUGAGCAGCAGUUACUUUCUUAAAAUGUUUUAUGCAUUUCUGCUGCUGCUGCUUUUAUUGCAUGCCUCAACUUCUACUCUCGGAUUCAACUUGCCACACAAAAGGGAACAAGUAAAGUGCAUUGAGAGGGAAAGACAAGCACUCCUCAACUUCAUACAAGGCCUCCUCGAUCCCUCUGGCAUGCUGUCUACAUGGAGAGGGGGAGAUUGUUGCAAAUGGAGAGGAAUUCAAUGCAACAAUGAAACAGUUAGAGAGCCAUAUGAUCAACUCUUUGAAAGUGAGAUCAAAUCUGAACCAUUGGAUGGACAAAAAUAUGGAUGGACAGCAAUGCAAUUUCUUGGAGCUCUUUAGUUUCUAGCUAAAUAGGAGUCUGAGUCAUUAGGGCCACAUAUAGAGAACUUUCGUUUUUUUUUAGUUUUCAGUUUUAUGUUUUGAAUCUUUUGUAAUCUUUUUCUUUGAAUCUGAGUGUUGAGAAAUUCCUUGAAAGUUGAAUGCUUGUUCUUCAAUUCUUGUACUCGAAGUGCAUUGACAACGCACCUUCAAGGAAAGGAAUCACGGAUCUGCAUGCGAGCUAUUGUUUUCAUACUACUGCAAGUUUUCUUCCUAGCUCUAGUUUAGGAACUUUGACUCUUGAAGAACCGGUUUGUAAACUUUUACUUUGAGUUUUC